AUGGUGACACAUCUUCCUGAGUAUCUACGAGGCGAGCGAGCUCUCGCAGAGUACUUCGAGAGCAUGGGCUUGAGCGUAGAGAGCGUCAGCGUAUGCAGAGAGGUAGGCGCCCUCAAGCGAUUCCUCGACAUGCGUACGGCCGCUCUGCUUCGGUUGGAGUCCGCUUGGACGCGGUAUGUCCGAAAUCCAAGCACCGUAGAUGUACAGCCCCCUCUACAGCAACAGCAAGACCGGUCGCCGCUCAUCGACGUCAAUGUCGACGACCGGGAUGCCGAGGCAUCGCCACAGCUGACUACGGUGCCUAAUCGGCCACGACCCACCCUUCGCACCAAGUGGUUUGGUCGAAAAGUGGAUGCCCUCGAAUACCUGCAGCAGGAGUUCGAAAAGGCGGACGAACAGGUGAAGACAAGGAGGAAAAACGGACGGUUCAGGGCGACUCAUUCGGCUUUUGUAACCUUCGAAAAUAUGUCUAGCGCACAAAUGGCUGCUCAGGUCGCACAUGCUCCCACCCCUCAGCAAUGCCUCACGUCGCUCGCGCCUGAACCGCGCGAUAUCGUCUGGUCAAACGUGACACAUUCUCCCAUGACACUGCGCGUCCGUGAAUGGAUGGUGAUGUGCGCCAUGGGCCUUCUUCUGUUUUUCUGGCUUGUACCUACGUCAGCUCUGGCGACGUUGCUCAGCUUCAAGGAGAUCAAGAAGAUUUGGCCUCAGCUUGGCGAAUUAAUCGACGCAAAUCCACGGGUCCGAGCCAUAGUGCAGAACUCUCUCCCAUCCGUCGCGAUCAUGUCUUUAAAUGCAGUCUUGCCCUUGUCACAGGCCUCACGUAUUUUCAAGGCUAUCCUGCGCGGAGUUGGAUCGAGUACUCUUUGCUCCGGAAUGAACGUAGUCUUCAUUUUUCUGGUGGCGAGUACGUACUGGCAGCUUGUUCGCGAUCUCGCCAGCUCGCCAGCCAAGGGUGUCGAGAAACUGGCCGAUGCUCUGGCGGCCGGUAAAGCAAGACAUUUCUUCUUGUCAUACGUGAUCUUGCAAGGCCUUGGUAUCAUGCCAUUACAGCUCCUGUCUCUCGGUGUCAUGAUCCCCCGCAUAAUAUAUCGCAUAUUCCUCACGCGGACACCAAGAGAUUUUGCUGAGUUGAAUGCACCACCGAUGAUCAACUAUGGCGUCGUGUAUCCUCAAGCUAUAUUGAUCUUCGUGAUCACACUACUCUACAGCGUCAUCCAACCUCUAAUCCUAAUCUUCGGAGCUCUCUACUUCGGAGUAGCCUACGUGGUUUACAAGUAUAAGCUGCUCUUUGGAUGUGGUACUGACAAGGCAUGGUUGACAGUGUUCUACAAACCGUAUGAGUCCCAAGGUCAGGCAUGGCCAAUCACAUUCGCUCGCCUGAUAUGGGGUGUCAUUAUCUUCAUCGUCUUCAUGAUGGGCAUCUUCAUAUUGAAGAAAAGCUUUGUUCUAUCGACACUGCUCGUACCUCUACUGGCUGGGACUGUGGUCUGGUCGUGGUACACGUACAAGGCGUUCCGACCGUUGAGCAAAUUCGUAAACCUCAGCGCCAUAUUCGAAGUCCAGCGGGGUGAAAAUUCGGCUGAUGUCGUGCAGCUGAGGGCUGGCCAUCCCGUCACAUGGUCGCAAAGCAACCUCAAUCACCGACGGUACGCGCAGAAUGACGAGACCCUCUACAUCGCGCCUGAAGAUGACCGUACAGACUACUCUCAGCCUCCUAUGGCGAAUUGGUAUAGUGGUGUGCUAAAUACAGGAAAGAGGAGAUACGGGCACCCAGCCCUGAAUGGCGUGUUACCUCAUCCAUGGUUCCCGCGGAAACGACCCAAUGAGUUAUCUGCACCACGUGCACCAGACGUCGGUACUGGACAGGAUCGCGGAUCAGGUGUCUUGGUGGCUCUUCGGAAGAAGCGUAGUCGUGCGCAAAGUGAUAUCGUGCCUUCUGCGGAUACAACAAUGCAGCAUGAGGAGCACGCACAGCAAACCCGUGGAAGGAUCUUCAACCAAGUGAGGUUCAAGGACAUGGUCGGCUCCGUCAUUGCGAUUCGGAAGGGGCUGCAGAACCGAGCGGGCAAGCGAGAAGACACAAAGUCCAAUAGAUCCGAAAUGCGGAACACCCCACACCAUGUCAUGAAACUGGACGAACAUCAGACGCGCGUCCCGAGGAUCGCAGAAGUUUGUGUUGAAGUCGGGAAAAGGAGCGUCUCUCCCUUCAACCCAGUGUUGAUCAGACGCAGGAAUCUCUUCUUUGGUGCUAUCAACCGCACAGUCAACGGCUCUGCGCAACCUGUCCUGGAGUGGGAACCAACCAAAUGA